ACGUCUUCUAAUUUCACACAGUUACAACCAAUGAAUUGGCUGUGUUCUGAAAAUUGGGCUUUGUUCCUUUAUUUGCAUAGCAACAGAGGCUGGAAGGAUUUCAACCACAUCAAAUCAACACCCAAACCGUGAGAUAUAAAGAGGCCCCCAUGGGCUCAAAUAAUUUACACACACAUGGGAAUGAUGGUUGCAGGUUGUGGAGUAUUGGUUGUUGUUUGACAAAGUGGUUGCAAGUUAUAACUUGGGAGGCCACACAGGGAUUUUUUUUUUCACAUAUUCUCCUUUUUGAGUGUGAUGAGUGAGAACAUUUACUAAUGGAAGACACAAGGUAUGCAUGUUAUAAGGCUAUAAAGACUGUGUUUAGCACCUGCAUAAUUAGUUAAGUACAGCGCUCUGGAGUUCCAUACCAUCAAUUUCGCAAUGUAAUAUUCUAUGUUAGACUCUUAUUACAUUGCAAAUGAAAGCUGUUUCUUGGUUGCGAAAAUCUAUAUUAAAUUCAUGCAAAGAAAAAAAGAGGCAUACUCAUUGCAUUUUUGCAAAUAUUCUCCUGUUAAUGACUUUUAUUACAUUCACCCAUUUGUGCUUUAUUUAGUGAAUGCAGAGAGUUGUGACAGGAGCAGCUACACAGUGGGUGAAAAACACAACACUUUGCUCACUAAUAGGAAGGGACAAUCUUGUUCUUCUACCCAGUGAAAUAAUAAUAAUUUCCUUUUUUUAUCAGCUGGCAUACAGUGACUGUCAGGAUGACAGAAGGGGAAGUGAAAACUACAGGACAAUUGGACUUUAUUGGGUUGGUUCGAUUCUGAUGAGCACAAUAGUAUUUAUUCCUGGAAAUAUUGUAGGAAAGUAUGGGACACGGACAUGUUCUGCUCUUCUCCUCAACUUACCGUAUCUUUGUCUUCCACUCUGGGCGGGAUUUAAAAUCUACCAGCAGCCGUCAGAUACCCCCAUCCUCUCCUCCAAGGCAAUACAGAACAUUCAGCACAGAAGUAUAUUCCAAAGACCUUCUGACUUGCUCUUAACCCUGUACCUUAUUGUGGCAACGCUCUUUUGCAUAUUUCGAGGGAUGAUUGCUUUAGAUUGCCCUGCUGAUCUCUGUAGAUUCUAUGUUCAGGUUCAGGAGCCAUAUAUCAAAGAUCCUUCUGCCUAUCCCAAGCUCCAGAUGCUCGUGCUCAUGUUUUACUAUGUGCCAUACAAUCUUAUCCUGCUUUAUGGGCUGCUUGUCCCUGGAUGUACUUGGAUGCCAGACCUAUCCUUGAUAAGUGCUGGUGGAAUAGCACAGGCCCAGUUCUCCCACAUUGGGGCUUCUCUUCAUGCCAGGACUCCAUAUAUCUAUAGAGUUCCAAAUGAGGCCAAGAUCUUCUUCUUCACAGCAAAUAUACUUUAUGGCCUUGGUUCACAGCUGCUGGCCCACAGGUGUGUAAAUAAACCGGAAUUCUUUCUGAAGGCAAAGUCGGGGGCCAAAGAUGAAUAAAUACCUCAUGCACUGUAUUGAAUAGCUUGCUAAAGCAUAAAGGACAUGGCACAAGAAUACAGUGUACAAUGAUCUGUAUAUAAGUGUAGAGCUCACUAUAAUCUGUGAUUGCUAUGGAUUUUAUAGAUAAGAAAAUGCAGAGUGUGUGUGUCUUUAUGUGGAUGAAGUCGUUUCAGUUUUUUACUACAUUUUCCUGUACAGAUUUGUAGAUCUCUCUAAGGGGCAGAUUCACUAAGCGCCAAAUUUGCGCUAGCGUCCGCUUCACAACAUCGCAACACUUCACCAGGUGUAUAUUCACCAGGA